AUGCUUGACAUACCCGACAAAACGCCGGAGUCUGACGGGUGGGUUACCAUCGAGACGGACAGCAUCUAUAAGGACCUGCGGGUCAUGGGCUAUGACUACGGCUCCAAAUUCCGGAAACUCAAGAACAUAAAGACCCGAGACUUCGACACAAUGCACGGGCAGGUCGAGUGGGACGGCAAUUGGGUCACAUUCAUUGAUUCCCUCCUGCAAUCUAUGGCCAUUAUGGUGCCCUUCCGGAAGCUCAUUGUACCGGUGAUGAUAAAGUCGCUGAAAUGUGACCCCCGGGUGCUGUUUGACGCCCUCGAGCGCAACAAAGUGGCGGAACUGGAGACCGAGUUUAACGAGGAGGCGAUGCUGGACGAGGUGGUCGAGCGGGACGGGCCCGAGGAGUCCGAGGAGUUCCAGCAGGAGAUGAAGGAGAAGUCUCAGGAGCUGAUGGAUAAGUACCUGAGCCAACGGUUUCACCUGUACAAGUCGAUUAUUCCCUUCCACGUGAACAUGUCCUCCAAGAUGGCGGUGACCUAUGGGGUGGAGGUGGAGGACGUGUUCACCCUUCCCCUGACCCGCAAGUCUAACGUUCAGGAUCUCAAGCUAGAGAGCUAUCAGUUCGCGGCCAACGAGGACACGAUGGCCAUGGAUGAGAGGGACAGGCUGUAUGUGAUGGACUAUAUUAAGGUAUGCUCAACGCUGGCCUUAAAACUGAAACACAUAUUAGGCUUAAAUGACAUCAAAUCGGAGCCAAACCCGGCUAAUAAUACUAAUCACACGAAUGAAUUGAUUGAGAAAUACGUGAAGAAUAUCAAAGAGGAUGAGGUUAUGCUUAAGAUAUACCACGAGUUGAUCCAAUCGUCGUCCGACGAGAACAAGAACUUAGAUAAAGAGUUGGCCCAAAAAAGCUUAAAUAAACUGCGGGACGACUUGUCUGGAAAGACACCUCCGUAUGACAUAUCGGCUGACCUCACGAAUCACGUGUCGAAGAACGAGCACUUGAUCCGAGCGAUGGUCGACAUCGUCAGCGAGAAUAACGUACCGAAAAAGGAGAUCAAAGUCCUGGAGAUCAAUACGGAUGGCGGGGGAGGGCUGAUGGCCGCGGAAGUGGACUCCUACUUGGCGUCGGCCGCCCUCUACCCCAUUGACGUGACCUAUAAUAUAGCCGUGAAGUCGAUGGACGCCAUACCCGACCAGUUCCGCAACAAGACGUUUAAACUUCUUGAAUGGAAUCCCAAAGAGUCGGCCUUUCCGUCCGAUAUAUCACCGAAGGAUCUGAUUAUCACCAAAGACUCGGUCGACUUGUGGGCCUUAGACCUGGAGAACCAUUUGCAGGAGUGUCACGACGUGUUGAUGGAAAGGGGGUUCUUGAUGACGGUGUUCCGCACACACACCACACCACCGGAGCUCAUGCUAAGGGAACUGUUGGGCCAAAAGUCGGCCAAAAGUAGCGCAGAGUUGGAGAAACGGGUGGCCGAGUACGUGGCGGAGGCCAACAAAAUGGGCUUCAACUCGGUCGACUUGUGGGCGUUAGACCUGGAGAACCAUUUGCAGGAGUGUCACGACGUGCUGAUGGAAAGGGGGUUCUUGAUGACGGUGUUCCGCACACACACCACACCACCGGAGCUCAUGCUAAGGGAACUGUUGGGCCAAAAGUCGGCCAAAAGUAGCGCAGAGUUGGAGAAACGGGUGGCCGAGUACGUGGCGGAGGCCAACAAAAUGGGCUUCAGUCUGAUUGGGCGCCGACACGACUCGAUUGGCGCCAUGGCUUUGCUGUUCCGCAAAGUGGUGUCCGAAGUGGUGGUGCCCGCGAAGAAGCAGAUCAUCGAAAUCGACGCCAAUUACGAGCAAUGGUUUGAGGCGUUGAAGCAGCGGAUGAUCGACAGCAAAGACGACGACAACAGAGAACCGAUUUGGCUGAUCGCCAGCAACACAGGCACUGACCGAUCGUCCAUCAGCGGUAUCGUAGGUUUGGUAAACUGUCUUCGUCUGGAACCGGGAGGCGAUGCCAUUAGGUGUCUGUUCGCGAGCGACGACUCCGUGAAAAUGCCGCUGAAUUUUGGCGAAAAACCAUUUUCCCAGUUAUUGGCCAACGAUUUGGCGGUGAAUGUGGUCCGAGACGGCCGACUGGGCACAUAUAGGCACCUGACUCUGCAUCGGGAGUACGAUCGGGUGCCGUCGAGCGACUACUUUCUGAAUGUGACCGCAAACAAAGAUCUGUCGAGUUUGCAGUGGUUUGACGCCAAACACUUGUCGCCACCCGUGGGCCCCACCCACGACCUGUCCAACAAUCCCAUCAAUCACAUCAAAUGCGAUGUCUAUGCGGCCGGCCUUAACUUCCGGGACGUCAUGUUUGCCACAGGCCGUAUAGCUGCCGGCCCGCAGUCGCUAUUCAUGGACUGCCUGAUAGGGUUUGAGUUCGCCGGUCGGCGUCAGGACAAUGGGCAACGGGUUUGCGGAUUCAAUAUGAGCCAGUGUUUCGCCACCGGAGUCACCGUCAAUGACCGGCUCGCAUCGCCCGUUCCCGAGAACUGGACGAUGGAGGAGGCGAUCACUGUAUUGAGCACUUAUAGCACCGUAUGGUAUGGACUCAUUAAACGGGCUAACCUUAUCAAAGGAGAGCGUAUUUUGAUUCACUCGGGCGCCGGUGGUGUUGGACAGGCAGCCAUCAGCGUAUGCCAGUACUACGGGUGCGAAAUAUACGUAACAGUAGGCACUGAUGAUAAGCGACAGUUCCUUCAGAAAGAGUUCGGAAUACCUGCCGACCAUAUAUUCAGUUCGCGAGACAUUCAAUUCAAAUACGCUAUAAAACAGGCGACAAAAGGAAAGGGCGUUAAUCUGGUGCUCAACUCAUUGACCGGCGAUAAACUGGACGCCAGUUAUGACAUAAUCGCCGAUUGCGGCCGUUUUGUAGAGAUUGGCAAAUAUGACCUGCAAUUGAAUAAGCAAUUAGGUAUGUUCUCGUUCCUGAGGGACGUGGCGUUCAUCGGCGUGUCUGUGGACAUUAAGAUGUAUCUGGAGAACGGCUUUACGGACGACUUCUUCAAGUGGAUGCACGCGAACGCCGCCAACGGCUGCAUCCGACCCAUCAAUCGGACGGUGUUUGCGGCCAAUGAGGCGGAGAAGGCGUUCCGAUACAUGACGACCGGUAAACACAUCGGGAAAAUACUGCUUCGCAUUCGGCCUGAGGAACAGCCCCGACAGCAGACCCUCAAAGGGAACGGUAGUGUAGCACCAGCUCUGGCACUGACCACUAUAGCGAAGACCUACUUCCACCCAAAUAAGGUGUAUAUAAUUACCGGAGGGUUGGGUGGGUUUGGUAUAGAGCUGGCUCACUGGAUGAUAACCCUGGGGGCCCGUAAGAUAGUGUUGACCUCCAGGGUUGGCGCCAAAAGUGAUUACCAGAAGUUUGUGAUCAAACGGCUCCAGUGUUUCGGGGAACGGCUGCGCAUGUUUGACGCCAAAGUCCACGUGUCGACCGCGGACUGUAGUACCAGUGCCGGCGCCCGACAGUUACUGUCUGAGGCCCAGACUCUGGGGCCCGUCGGAGGGGUAUUUCAUUUAGCACUUGUGUUGAACGACCAGUUGCUGGAGAACCAGACGUACGACAAGUUUGCGGAGACUAUCGACUCGAAGGUUAGGUGCUUCCAGAAUUUGGAUCAAACAACGAGAUCCCUGGCCAUGGAUUUGGAUUACUUUGUGUGCUUCUCGUCGGUCAGUUGCGGUAAAGGCAACUCCGGUCAGAGUAACUACGGUUACGGGAACUCCGUUUGCGAACGCAUUUGCGAGCAGAGACAGAGGGACGGCCUGUCCGGUCAGGCUAUACAGUGGGGACCCAUAGAUGAUGUGGGGGUUAUCGCCGACUCCGAUAAGUUCUCCACGUUUUCCGGUGUCGUUAAGCAACGGAUCAACUCUUGUUUGGAUAUUUUGGAUAAAUUACUGCAAACUAAGCACCCGAUUGUCUCGUGUGUUGUGCGAGCCAAGCGUCAGUUAGCGUCGGGCACCAGGGAGUCGCGUAUUGUGGCCCAGAUAUGGAUGGCGUUGGGCAUCGACCCGAACACCACACCCGACCACUUGACUCUGGGCGAGAUCGGCAUGGAGUCGGUGUUUGCCGUCGAGUUUCAACAGGGAUUGGAAAGGGAUUACGACAUCAAACUCACGCUGAAUGACAUCAAAAACAUAACCAUUCGUAAUAUGAAGGACUUCGAGGCCGGAAACGUGGAGGUGUUCCGCCAGUUGGCGCGGGAUAUACGUGAAGCGCGCGACAAACUGAGCAAGAUCAAGUUUAUUAUACCGUCCGACACCUAUACCCGGCUCAAUUCGGGCAAAACUGGUAAACCCGUGUACUUCUUGCCCCCAUUGGAGGGUAUAUUCGCGUCGUUGGAGGCGUUGGCCGAGAAAAUGGAUCGCCCGGUGAUUGGCCUCAACUGGACGGCCGACAUGGAGGGCGUGACUGACAUGAAGUCCAUAACCGACUACUACUUGAAUCUGUUGAAAACCCUACAGCCCUCCGGAGGGUAUGACAUUGUGGGCCACUUUUAUGGUGCACUACUGGCCGUUAAGAUGUUGCGCCGGAAGAACACUUCCGUGAAUAAGACGGUUAUCAUUGAUCUGAUGAGCGAGACUCAGAUGACCGACGAGAUGCUGAGCGAUGAAUAUCUCGUGGAACUGAUCACGAAAUUCAUAUCCAAAGACUUGCCGCAAGUGGUGAAGGAUAAGCUGCUCAGAGAUAUG